CCUCCGAGAGCACGGAUGCAUCCCAUUGACUGGACCUAGGCCCGACUCGAAUCCUUCGAUAUCCAAGCGACAGAUCAGAAUCUAUGUUUUCCUGUCGGUCCGAGCUGUAAAGCGCUCUCUGACCAACUGAAAGGUCGAUCCUUCUGAGCCUGGCUGCGCUUGCCACAGAGUGAAUGAAUCACAGAUUUGCUCGUUCCAGUAGACUUGGCAGUCAGUGAUCUCCAUCAGAGAGUGCAGUGCUGUGAUGACUAUGGGAGGCGCUUCUCUGGGGCAAGGAUGGGGGCAGGGUGAUCUCCCUUCUUCAGUUCGUCCUGCAGGUGAAGAAAGCGGGGAGAUGGAUCCGUCUUCAACUGAGAUGGUGGCUCUAGAAGCGGGAGGCGGCGGAAAGUUAAGCGCGGACGAACUGGAGAUGGCGGAGCGGGAGGCAUUUCUGACAAGAGGCUGGAGGCAAGCGAAUUUUGCACCUUCUCUCGUGGAAGUUCACUCUUCUGUGAAAUGGCCUGAGGCCGGAUCCCCUUGGUACAAGAAGGUUCUCGCUCUUGUCGGGCUCGGAUUCAUGAUAAGCGUUGCUUACAUGGAUCCUGGAAACUGGGCCACGGACCUGGAAGGAGGUGCGAAGUAUGGCUACACUCUUCUGACCGUCAUUCUGCUCUCCAACCUGUGCGCCAUCUUCCUCCAGUCGCUGUCUCUGAAACUCGGAGUGGUGGCCGAGCGAGACUUGGCUCAAGCGUGCCGAGAUGCAUACCCCAAGCAUGUCGUCUACUUCCUCUGGGUAAUCAUCGAGAUUGCCAUUGCUGCCACCGAUCUUGCUGAGGUGAUCGGCUCCGCCACAGCUCUCUAUCUUCUGUUCAAAAUCCCCAUCUGGGCCGGGGUGCUCAUAACAGCCGUGGACACAUUGUUUAUCCUCAUCUUUGGAAUCAAAAGCUUCAGGUUUCUGGAGUUCAUCGUGGGUGGCAUGGCAUUCCUGAUAGCAGGCAUUUUCGCUUACGAGCUGGCGGUGGUGAAGCCCGAGUGGAGUAAGGUGGCCAAGGGGUUGGUGCCAGAUCCAAUCAUUCUCCAGGAUGCAAGCAUGUUGUACACUGCAAUAGGAAUCCUGGGAGCCACCGUCAUGCCUCAUAGUCUCUUUUUGCACUCCAGCAUUAUUCAGACUAGGGCGUACCCACGGACCAAGGAGGGCAAGAAGAUGGCUAUCAAGUAUGGUAGAUGGGACUCCAGCGUUUCGUUGAUGCUCGCUUUUUUUGUUAAUUCGUCGAUUCUCAUUCUGGCAGCUGCUGCCUUCUACUACGGUCCCAAUCCCAACCGAGAUGUAGCAAAUAUCACCGAUGCUUACGAACUGCUGGCUCCUGCGCUGGGAAGUCAAGCUGCCAAGAUAUUAUUCGGAGUUGGUCUGUUGGCAAGUGGGCAGAAUUCUACCAUCAUCGGUACCCUGGCCGGUCAGAUUGUGAUGGAGGGAUUUCUGAAGAUCCGGGUUAAGCCUUGGAUCAGAAGGUCCAUCACUCGAGGUAUUGCUGUCAUUCCUGCCACCAUCGUUGCUGCCGUCGGAGGCAACUCUGGAGCUGGAAGGCUUCUGGUUAUGAGCCAAGUGCUUCUCUCUCUGACUUUGUCGUUCGCGGUCAUUCCCUUGGUUCACUUCACGAGCUCGACAGCCAAAAUGGGACCCAGCUUCGUUAAUGGCUGGAUCGUCAAAGUGGUUGCUUGUCUAGUCGCCACUAUCAUCGCCGGACUUAAUAUUUUUCUGCUCUUUCAGAGCAUAAAGCAGAACGAGUUUGGGAGUUCUAGCGGGGUAUGAAAUCUUGACUGACAUGGACUUCUGCUCAGCUUCACGCAAAUGUCUGCAGGAACACUUGCAGUGUCCAUGUCCAGAAACUUAUGGCAGAAGCACGUACUGCUAUGGCAGACUUGGAAGUUGUGCUGCAACCCAUCUCAUUCUAGAGAACUGGAACUGCCAGUUGCAUGCGUAUAUAAAUGCAUGAGCUGAAUCACUUAGAGAAAGAUGGAUCGAGGUAAAUGCGGAUGCGGAGAACAAGACAAUUCACAUGGUAGGUUGUGAUUGAUGAACCUUUUCCCCAUUGUCCUUCUUCCACAAGAAGAUAAUAAAAUUUAUUUUCAGAGGUUUAGUAUGGGUUUGUCGACAGGGUAUAAAGCUUUCACGAGGUAAGUGGGAGCUUCCUCUGAACUGGAAUAAAAGACCAUUACGGAAUAGUAAUCUUAGACUGUUGUAU